ACGCAGUCACCGAUCGCGCUCCAGUCCAGCAGGUGGCGGAAAAAAGCUCGAUCCAAGUUGGGGUCACAGCCGCCAAUGAAUCCAACGAAGAAGGAGAAGAAGUUAAACGUGUAUGCCUUUUCUGGUUUCUGAGUUGGAGGCGUCGAGGAUGAUCCUGGUUAACAAGCCUCAGAAGAAAGCCCAGGAGUCUGGAAGCCCUGCGUUCCAAGAACUGAAGGGCAUCUGCAUGGCACUGGGCAUGUCCAAGCCUCCAGCCAACAUCACCAUGUUCCAGUUCUUCAGUGGCAUAGAGAAGAAGCUGAAAGAAGCCCUUAGUCGAGUUCCACCAAACCAUGUAGGGGAGCCGUUGUUAAAGAAGCCCCUUGGACCUGUGCACAUGGAAAAAAUUGAGGCUAUAAACCAAGCGCUAGUGAAUGAGUAUGAGGUGAGAAGGAAGAUGCUGUUGAAACGUCUUGACGUGACGGUGCAGUCCUUCGGUUGGUCCGAUAGAGCAAAGACACAUGCUGAUAAGUUGAGUAAAGUUUACCCUCCACUGCGUUCAGCUCUUGCCAACAAAAGUAAAGUCUCUGUUGCUCAUCUUCUUGCCGCUCGCCAAGACUUCUCCAAGAUCCUCCGCACAAGCAGCGGCAAGAUAAGAGAGAAGACGGCCUGUGCCAUCAAUAAGGUUCUGAUGGGCCGAGUACCAGACAGGGGAGGUCGGCCGUGUGAGAUUGAGCCUCCGCCUCCAGAGAUGCCCACCUGGCAGAAGCGUCAAGAUGCUCCCCAAAUCGGAGGACACUAUGGCUUUAAUUGUUUUAAGACUGUACAGACUACCAUAAAAACUGACCUGAAUGCUUUAAAGACAAGGCACAAUUUAAAGGGAAUUGUGCCAAGUGCAUCUCAUGACUUGCUUGAAGGAUGCCAAAAUGAGAACCAAGUGCAGUUAUGGCUGUUCAAUAGAACCUGUUCCUGAAUCUGGAAGUGCAGGUCUUUUGAGCUCUAUGCUGUCUUCCAAAUGGCAGCAAAGAGGAUGGCUGAUAAAAUUGAUUGGUAACGUCCUUUACAAUGUUGCUGUAAUGCUGGGCUGACAGUGUGGAUGCCUAACUUUGUGCAAGAACCCUAAAAUGAGGAGCAGUAGGAGUUUCAAGUUGAUACCAUAGAGGUAUCUACUAGGAGGCUUAGGGGUGGUUGCCAGCGGUUUGUCAGCAGCUGUGUAGUUUCCCUACCAAGCUGUUGUACAGUAUGAUAGAACGCUUUAUAUUGAGCAGUGGUAAAAAGACUAGCGGUUUUGCAGAGAGCUGGAGCAGAGUUAACAGUCAGCUUAAGGUCCUCACCAGUGUUGAUCAAGUUACUU